UACGGGGUUUAUAUUUUGAGUCUGAUUUCCAAACCCUCCAAUUAGAUUUUGGUUCCCAAAUGGCGAGGCCUUCCUCCACCGUUCAUGUCCCCAAUCGACGAUUCCGUUCUGAUCACGAUAACGGCCGUCACUCCCCACCGGACUAUGACAACUCACCUGACGACCGCCGCCACCGUCGCAGCCCCAGCUAUGAAAGGUACGACCGCCACCGAAAUCGCUCUUACUCUCCUGAUUACCCUAGCCCUAGGCGAAGCCCUAGGUCCAACGGAGGCCGAAGAUUCGGUCGGGCCGGGAACGACCGGUCUUACUCGCCUCGACGAAGCCCUAGGUCCAACGGAGGGCCGGAGUCUUUACCCAGGAGAUUCGGGCGCGCCGGGAACGAUAGGGACCGGAAUGGAAGGUGGCCAGAGGCGGAGGAGUCCGACGAGGAGCUGAAGGGGCUGAAUAUUGAGGAGUACCGGAGGCUGAAGAGGCAGAAGCUGAGGAAGGCGUUGAGGAGUUGUAUCUGGAAUGUGACGCCGAGCCCGCCGAGGAAUGAGAACGAUGAUUUCGAAUUGGAGGACAAGGCUGACGAGAUUCCAGAGGUUUUUGGUGAAGAGAACAACGAUGCAGGCGAGAAAUUGAAGGACAAAGCCAAGAGUGAAUCGGAGUCUGAAUCGGAAUCGGAAUCGGAGGAUUCGCGGUCGAGAAAGAGGAAGAAGAGUUCGGGUUCUAAGCGUAGGAAGAAGAGUUCGAGAUACAGUGAUAGCGAAUCGGAGAGCGAGAGUGAUGAUGAGUCAGAUGAGGAAGAGGAUCGCAGAAGGAGAAGGAAAUCUAGAACUAGGAGUAAGCGAAAGAAGAGCAGAAGAGAAAGGAGAAGAAGGAAGAGUAGGCGGAGCAGCGAUUCCGAUGAGAGUGAAGCAAGUGAUAGUGAGGAGGGUUCAGAUUCUUCUGAUAGGGUAAAGUCGAAGAAGAAGAAGGGAAAGGUGAGCAGUAAGAGUAAGAAGAAGAAGUACUCUGAAACGGAGAGUGAGGAUUCUGGUUCAGAGAAGAGUUUGGAUUCUGAAGUUGAUGCCAAGCCUAAAGCUCUAGUCGAAGUGGAGGAGCCAGAAAUGGAUGAGAAUAGUAUUGAGGCCUUGAAAUUGAAGGAAAUCCUUGAGGCUCAGAGGAACCCUUCAUUGGAUUUGGAUAAUGAACCUGUGGUUGGGCCAAUGCCCUUGCCUAGAGCCGAAGGGCAUAUUAGUUAUGGUGGAGCGCUUAGGCCUGGUGAAGGUGAUGCCAUUGCACAGUAUGUUCAACAAGGGAAGCGUAUUCCGCGAAGAGGAGAAGUUGGUCUUUCUGCAGAGGAGAUUCAGAAGUUUGAGGGUCUUGGCUAUGUGAUGAGUGGUAGUAGGCACCAGAGGAUGAAUGCCAUUCGUAUUAGAAAAGAAAACCAGGUUUAUAGUGCUGAGGAUAAGAGGGCAUUGGCCAUGUUUAACUAUGAGGAGAAAGCAAAGCGUGAGCACAAGGUUAUGGCUGAUUUGCAGCGGCUGGUUCAGCGCCAUAUUGGACAGGAUGUUGGUCCUACUCACGAUCCCUUUUCUUCCAAGGCCUCCGAGGAUCCUGAUGAUGAUUAGUUUCAUGUAUGUUUUGUUGUUAUUUGAGUUGUUUCUUCCUCUGCUUUCAUGAACUAAAUAUGUUGUGAAUUGAUAUUGAGCAGUAGCACUACUGAACUGGAUGCUAUGGUGAUGGUUACUAUGUUCUGGUUGGAUGCUCUAUGUUCACUAAUAUAACAGCUUUCUUCA